UCCCUAUCUUAUGUAUGUGUUCCUGAGUCUUGAAAGUCCCAUCUAAUACCAUCCAGACAUAAUGCCACCAAAUCGGAAUAGUAGAGCGAGCUGCGACCCUUCUCCGAGAGGGCGGCACCGUACUUGUUCUACUAAUGAUGAUACAGCCUAGUCUGGGUAUCUGACUUAGACACCUCGCGGAAGCUGCUUAGAUCUCAUAUUGCAAAACGUACCCACGCAAUUGUUAGGAGAAAGCGGGUUAUCGAGUAUCAGCAUCAAAAAGAAACUCCAAGUAGCGUUCCCGGAAGUACUAGUACUGCGAAUCAGGAUCCAACACUGCCUCUCAGUUCCGGUAUGACUACCUGCGAAGAGUCACAUCGUAACCAACCCCUUCCAACAUUCUACACUUCAUAUGAAAACCGAGCAUAUGAUUAUCAUAUACCCUAUUAGAUAAUAACACAUACGCCCUCGCCACGCGGAGAUUUAUUUAACCAUUUUUCAGUUCCAUUAUCGUCGCUUCACCUUAUGCAGUUCGCAGCAGGGGAUGCUGCCGCGCUGAAAAGCCAUGUUAGUGCUGUGAGCCAGAUGGUCUCGUUAAACGGAGGUUUGGAAAAUAUUAAAGGAAUGAAUGGCUUCUUAAAAGUGAUGAUAAACAUUCUAGUUUGUAAGCAUCGACGAAUGAUUGAAGCGACUCCCUUCGAUAAUCAAGAUCGCUCUAGGUUACACACUCUAGAUUAUUUCUUUAGUUAUCUAAUUUAAUAUAGCGACAUAGAAUAUAAAAUAUCUUCAGUGAGA